CGAGCCCGCGAAGCUCGGGAUAAUCCUAGGGUUUCCGCCGCCUGUAGCUGACGUUCCCUCUCGUCGUGAUCUUUGGCCUAUAAAUAGAGUCAUCUCUGCUGAUCGAGCGCCGAGGCAAACCCCGGCCGCCCAUCGAGCUUGGACCUCGCUGCCGGCUGCCGUCCGUCGUCGUGUUUGUGCUGCUAGCGGCCAUGCAACGCCGCUGUCUAUCCCUCUACGUUGCCGUUCUCAUGCUCGUCUGGCUCUUCUUCGCGCCGCUCUCCGUCGUCGCCGGCAGCCUUAUCGCCAUCCCCAGCGCACUCGACGGUAGCCGCACCUCUCACCGUCGCCCUAUUGAAAAUCCACGGUUCAACGUGACGCUCUGGGAGAAAAACGAGAUCAAUACUAGACCUAAGGCGUCCCAUGGAUUUGACGAUGGUGACGAAGUCUCCUACACCGUGGCCAUGCCCUUCAUAGAGAAGCUUAGGCGGCGAUGCGCCGUGGCCACCGGCGGUAGCCAUCGUCGCUGCGAUGCCACAGCGAUCAGGCAGUUUGAGGAGGAUGUGGCUCCCUGCCUGCUAGAGAUGUUGAAGGUGAACAGGGAGUUCAGCCACACAUUGUCUAAUUUGGAUUAUAGUAGAUGGCUGGGCCCCUAUUAUCUGGAUUUGGCCGUGCAGCAAAGGUCCCAAAUGAUGAACUUGUUUUGCAUGAACAAACCCAAUGUUUUAGCGUGCUUAUGCUAGCUUUAAAAUGAUCAAUUAAUGCUUUCCACAUAAAAUGCGCAAUGGUAUUUCUCAUAUCUAUAUAUUUAUUUUUGGUCCUUUACUACAUUUGUUUCACUUAAGCUCCGAUCGAUUGAUAAAUUGAUUGCUUCAUGGAUUAUUUAUAUUAGCAAUAUGCUCAUGCAUCCUACCAUUAUGCAGUUGUCAGGGUUACGGAUGAGGUAUACCCUCUACCCUUGGAUGUGCAUUGUAUAUUGAUACGGUAUACCCGCUCGUAUACGGAUAGUUCCCGUAUACGUUACGGAAAUCUAUCACAUGAUAGGGAUGAUAUCUACGGAUGGAAGGAGUUCUAUUCGGACAAGACUGGGUCUUUACCAUAUCGUGAGGGGUCCGAUAUCUCCGAGUCCUACUUGGAGAUCAAUGGACCCGCGGUAUAUAAGGGACCCCCUGGGCAGGACCUAAGGCAUCGAAUUUCACCGCCAAUACACCCACCACAGCCUACGGAGCCGGAUCCUACAGGAGCUAAGUCGCCGGGAGAUCUAGUCGAACCAACUCGACUACGGUCUCGUCAGUAUCAUCGAGUUCUGCUAUUCCCUUUGUAAUCUGUAGUUUCCAUCGUAUAGUCCCAUAUUAACUGGAGUAGGGCUAUUACCUGUCAAGGGGCCCGAACCAGUAUAAUCCUUGUCUUUUGUUUCCUUGAUGUUGUACUACGUAGAUCCUCGUACCAACGGACCCCAAUACCCUCUAUAUCCGGUCUACGGGUAUCCACCGUCGACAGCGGUGAUAUCCAAUAAAUGUGGACAUGGAAUCCAUGCAUGUUGCUAAAAAUAUAUUUUAUUCAAUUCAUAAUUGAAGGCCCACGUUCAUUUUAAAAUAUUAUGUGUAUUUCAAACGUGAGCAGCUCUCAGUUGUGUAGUCAAUAUUACCAUGUUUAUCUAAAUACUUUUAGAUGGUUCUUAUUUCGCUACUUGCAUAAACAAAAAUUAAUUAAUGCUCUUUCCAGUGUUUUAUCAAUAAAAUCAACAUUUUGUAUCAAUUUAUAAAAUGUAGAAGAAGUAUUUGACACAUUUGAAGAAAAAAAAUCAUUUAAUAGACAACCACUAAAAGAAAUACACCCACCACAGCCUACGGAGCCGGAGCCUAUAGGAGCUAAGUCGCCAGGAGAUCUAGUCGAACCAACUCGACUACGGUCUCGUCGGUAUCAUUGAGUUCUACUAUUCCCUUUGUAAUCUGUGGUUUCUGUUGGCAGAAUGUCAUGGGACCCUUCGACCAGGCCUGCUGAAACCGUGCGACCAGUCAGGAUUCAGGCUCAAGGUGUUAAGUUCAUCAGGGCGAAGCCCCAUGGCGAAGGCGACGAAGCCACAUGGCGAAGACAGUGGAGCGAGGACGGCAAAAGAUGGAGCCCCAUGGCGAAGACUAUACACCCUGG